CACACCCAGAAUUCAGGCAUUUGGAAUAAAUGGUUAUAACAAGAGAUGUCAUAGAAUGUAUGAAAUCAUAGCUAGAAUUGCCUCUGACACAUCAUAUUGUCUGUACUAACUAUGCCAUCAGCUACAUGAGAAUAAUAUAAAUAGUAGAAAAUUGAAUUACCUGAAUAAUGAGCCAUUUCUCCUGAAUCCCAGCCACUUUUAAUUCAUUGUGCCAUGUUCAGCAGCAAGGAUCCAGGAACAGAGUUGGCAAAGAACUGGAUCAUAGUUUUGCCAAAAGACAGGCAAGCGAGAGAGGUAAAAGAGUUGUGGGAGCAUGGAGGUUACCAGAGACAAAAUUUUCUCUAUUCCUUGGUGUGUUUCUGUGCAAGCACUAGUCCGUGUGCAUGGUGGAUGCUCAAUUAUUAACAGGUUGGGUGAGAAAUUGGCAGUCCUAUUGAAGGCAGCAGCAGAGCCUGCCAGGGGCCGGGCCAGCGUCAGGGAUCACUAAAUGCAGAAGGAGUGCUCAGCCUAACGAAAGACUAGAUCAACCGUAAAGACAAGUCAGCUAACAAAACAGAUGGAAAUCCUGUAUGAAUGUGGAAGCCAUUAGCAGAGUAAUUGCUGUCUGUUACCAUGACAACCAGCCGCUGCAGUCACCUGCCCGAAGUGCUGCCAGACUGCACCAGCUCGGCUGUGCCCGUGGUGAAGACUGUGGAGGACUGUGGCAGCCUAGUGAAUGGGCAGCCACAGUAUGUCAUGCAAGUUUCGGCCAAGGACGGGCAGCUGCUCUCAACAGUAGUGCGGACUCUUGCCACCCAGAGCCCCUUCAAUGACCGGCCGAUGUGCAGGAUCUGCCACGAGGGCAGCAGCCAAGAGGACUUGCUCUCUCCGUGUGAAUGUACGGGGACGUUGGGGACAAUCCACCGGAGCUGCCUGGAGCACUGGCUGUCGUCCUCAAACACCAGCUACUGUGAACUCUGCCACUUCAGGUUUGCAGUCGAGCGCAAACCCAGGCCAUUAGUGGAGUGGCUCCGAAACCCAGGCCCUCAGCAUGAGAAGCGGACUCUGUUCGGAGACAUGGUGUGCUUCUUGUUCAUCACACCACUGGCCACCAUCUCGGGCUGGCUGUGCCUGCGGGGCGCCGUGGACCACCUGCACUUUAGCAGUCGGCUCGAAGCCUUCGGACUGAUUGCACUCACUGUGGCACUCUUCACGAUUUACCUCUUUUGGACACUAGUGUCAUUUAGGUACCACUGUCGAUUGUACAACGAAUGGCGUCGGACCAAUCAAAGGGUGAUUCUUCUCAUUCCAAAGUCUGUAAAUGUACCUUCCAACCAGCAGUCUUUGCUGGGCCUCCAUUCUGUCAAGAGGAACUCAAAAGAGACCAUUGUCUGACAUUUGAGUGGUCGGCUGGAUGAUUCAUUGUUUGGGUUUAGAAGUUUCUGCGCUGGGGCCAUGCACAGAGCCACCCUGAACCCUUCCUGAAGCCUGUGGGUCUGAGAACAUCCAGAGCCAUGUUAGCACAUCGCCCCGAGCAACGACUCCGCGGGAGAAAGCGGAUGCUGUUUCACUUCAAAUCAUGGAUGCUGCACUCAUGAUACUUGCUAAGCUGCCAAACACGUUUAUUUAGCAGAUACUGUAUGGAAUCUUCCCAACACCUCUUUAACACA